CAAAAUUGAAUUAUUUACAGCAAUUAAUUAUAAUAACAGCUUGCUGCAUGCUUUUAAUGCCAUGUUAAGCCUAGUUUCGCAUAAUUAAUGAUUUAUAUUGCAGAGUGCAGAUUCUGGAAUGGUUUCGUGAAUUUCUCUCAGUACUGACCAGGAACCCAGAGAGAAAACAGGGUUGGAGGAGCUCCGGGAAAUCAGAACUAUACAUUACUUCGUGUAUACUCAAUAAACACGGUAUACACCUACAUUAAAGUGACAUCAUACAUGGCAUUUAAAUAAUCAUAAAUGUGAAUUGUAAUAUGUAGGAACAAUGAGAAGAAUUAAAUGAAAAGUUAAAAAUGAAAUCUUGGUUCAGAAAACAGGAAUAAAAUGUUAAUCGAAGAUGAAGAUCGUCAAACUGGCGGUAUUUCUGUAUUUACCCUAGAUACUGCUACACUCUUCUCAGUUAUUGUUUUAGCAGUUUUUCUUGUUAGAGUGUUCAGUAGAGUUCUAGAAUCCAAUACAACCCAAUCAGUAGUUGUUGCUUCAGAUCCAAGUCUUGGACGAACAAUAAGAUCUCUGGGAAACAGUUUAGAGCUGGGACAUGGAACCUUUUAUACAAUUAGUGCAAUAGAUGACGCUGUAUAUAAAACUAAUGAUGCGAAUUCUGAAAAUGCUACUGAAGGUGAUACAGUAGCUGAAGUAUCAACAACAGAUGAUACAGUCCCUAAAGCAACUAUUACAGAUGAUACAGUCCCUGAAGCAUCAGAUGAAAAGUCUUCAAAAUCCAAAUACUCUCCCAAACCUAAAAACCUGACACAAGCCAGAGAUUCUAAACGAUCCAAAGAUUUUAUAACUUCCAAAGAUCCUAUAAACACCAGAUAUAAAGUUCAAGAUCCUACAUAUUCCAAAGAUCCUACGUAUUCCAAAGAAAAAACGAAAUCCAACCCAGGUAAAGAUAUUACGAAGACAAAAUAUAUAAAAAAGCUCAAACAAGCAAAUUCUUCAAAUUCUAUUAAACGAAAGAAUCAGAAAAAGAGAAUAAAUGACACUUUGGAACACUUUUCGUCAAAUCCUCGUCAAACUAAAAACGAAAGUUCAAAACAGAAGUUUGUUGAAAAGACUUAUAAUAAAGUUAUCACAAAUUACGAAAGAGGAAAAAUAGUAAAAAGAAGUGAUUUAAACAUUCAGAAACAAAAAAGUGAUUCAAACAUCGAAAUAAAGAAACGUGAUUUUGAUUUUGAGACAGGUAAAAGUGUGAUUGAAAAUGAAGUCGUUAAAGUUGAUUUUGAACUAAAUAAUGCGGUUCUUGGUAAAGCAGGUUCUAAAGAUAAUAAGGAGCAAAGUAUUAGUCUACACCCUGAGACAAGUUCGAUGAAACCUGAAAUAUAUAGAACCGUGUUCACACCAGGAAGAGUCGCCAAGUUGAGAAACAAUGCCGCAAUCCAAUCCACAAAUUCACAAGAGAAUAUUAUUAAUGGAACGAGAAAUCAACCAAAUAUUAAUGGAGGAAGAAAUCAACCAAAUCUGUCAGUAACACAUCACAUAAUCAAAAAGAAAAUUGUCAGGAGAAGCCCUAAAUCAAGAAUGCAAAACAAGUUUGCUGAGAGGCGAAGAAAUAGAGUAGAAGUCUUCCAAGAGUUUUCGAACCAGGAGUAUUUUCAUCCAUCUACAAUUUCCUCAACACCCAUCAUGUCUCGUCAGAGUCUAACAGGGCCCCUUAUAUCUCGCCAGGGGCUCCCAGGGCCCCUUAUAUCUCGUCAGGGGAUCCCAGGGCCCCUGGUAGAUUUUAACGCCCCUGUAGAGGGUAUCGCAGGAGUGCCAUACGAGUCCAUCUAUCUUGCCAUUGGUGUUGCUGCCACUGCAAUAUUCAUCCUGGAUACUCUAUAUAAAACCUACCAAAUAUAUAUUGGAGCUACAGGCAGAUCUAUUCACGAUGGGUUAGUAUCUUUUAUCAAAUAUAUAUUGGAGCUACAAGUACAAGCAGAUCUAUUCACGAUGGGUUAGUAUCUUUUAUCAAAUAUAUAUUGGAGCUUACUGGGUCUUACUCUCUGCAAGGCAACAUUUUGUAAGAUAAAUCACCAAAACUUUUGUGAUUACAGAAAACGUACUGGUCCCAAAAAAACGCAGAGAUUAAGGUUAAAUUUCUUAUAAAAUUCGUCCAAAUCGUGAAAAUAUUAGCUCACGUCAUUUUUAGAUUCGUAAACACAUUAUUAAUAUUCGUCCAUGACUAAUUCGGUAAUCGUCCACAUCUUUGAAUUAGUAAUUUUAUACAACUUUUUAUUAAUACUUUUUAUAACAUGUUAAAUUCUUUUUAAGCAUAUAAACAACUUUUAUAAAUACAACCUAACUUUUUACUUCUGGUUAAAAAACCCGCAAUAUGAUAAACACAUAUAU